AUGACUUCUGCAUUGUUUACGGAAUGGUUUGAUGACGUUUUUAUUCCAGAUGUUAAAAAGUAUCAAAAGAAAAUAAAUAAAAAGGGGAAUGUAUUGCUUUUGCUGAACAAUGCACCUACUCAUCCUUCAGAAAGUUUACUUGAGAGAGAAAAUGGUCGUUUCAAAGCUCUUUUUCUGCCACCUAAUGUGACCAGUUUGCUGCAACCUAUGGAUCAAGGCAUCAUUGAAUGCAUGAAACGACUUUACAAAAAACAACUGCUUCGUAAGCUACUGUUAGCCGAUGAAAAUGAAGAAGGUACUCUAAUAUAUCAUAAAAACAUUAACAUAAAAGAUUGCUGCUACAUGGUAGCUGAUGCAUGGAUUUCCGUAAAGGCGAUAACUUUGAAGAGGGCUUGGAAUAAAAUAAAUGGAAUUUCAACACAACAGCAAAUACAGGAAGAAAAAGAAAAUGCAGAAUUGAAGAACAACGAGGAAAGUGAUAAAGAUACUGAUUCAAUGUCUACGGAAAACCUGCACAAUAUUGUUACAAAAGUUCCAGGCUGUUCCGAGUGCAAUGUAGAGGAUAUCGAAGAUUGGUUACAUUCUGAUUCAAUAGAUCCUGGGUUCCAAUUAUUGAGUGACGAUGAAAUUAUUCAGAGUACAAAAGAAGAAUCAUACCCAGUGGACACAGAAGAUGACAAUGAUUCUACAUUUGAAUUAGAAGCUGGACCUUCUGCAAGUGAGGCGUUUGCUUGUUUUGAGACUGGCUUAAAUUGGAUGGAACGACAAUCUGAAUGCGACCAUGUAGACCUUCUUGUCGUCAAGCGCUUGAAAGAUCUAGCUGCUAAAAAGCGAGUUUCUUCAUUAAAACAGCGUACAUUGACAGAAAUGUUUAAAUAA